AUGAGCGUCACAAGGUCACCUACAAAAGCGGCCGGCGCACCAAGUCUUACUAGUUCUCAACCAGACUUAUCAAAGUGUGAGCUACCCGUAAUCGAUAACUUUGUAUUUACUCGAAAACGUAAACAACCUGAUGCCGACGUUGAGGUCAAGGAAGCAAUAGCCGAACUACGUAAGGACAUGAUGAGUUUCCUGUAUGAAUUCAAAAGUUCACAAAAAGCUGAAUUUCAGCAGGUGAGGUCGGAUGUAACGGAUGUCAAAAACCAAUUGGAAUCGAUAAAGGUUGCAAAUAAUGAUAUUAUUAGAGAUCAUAAUCAGUUUCGAAAAGACCUGUCAUCUCUGACCGAUUCCCUGGACUUCCACAGUAAAGAACAAGAUGAUUUGAAGUUCCGUAUGAAUAUCCGUUCCGAAAACCGACAAAAUAACUAG